AUGGAAGAAGAAGAUGAAGAAGAAGAAAAUAUAGAUGGUUUGUCUGGUGAAACGAGAGCUAGUUCAUCUUCUACUGCUUCAAUAUCUGCUAAUAUUAAAUAUAUUCCUAUGCUUAAUGGAACCAAUUUUAAGGAUUGGAAAAGAAACUUACUUAUAGUUCUGGGAUGUAUGGAUUUAGACCAUGCACUAAGGAAUGAAGAACCUGCACCUCUCACUAAGAAAAGUUCCCAUGAUGAUAAAAGGGAAUUUGAGAGGUGGGAUUGUUCAAAUCGCAUGAGUCUAAUGAUUAUGAAACACGGCAUUCCAAAAGCCUUUUGGGGCACAGAAUUCGAAGGGGUUACUACGACCAAAAAUUUCAUUGAACAAAUUGAGGAACGUUUUGCUAAAAAUGAUAAGGUUGAAAUGACAACACUUCUUGGUUCUUUAAUGAACAUAAAGUAUAAAGGUCAAGAAAAUGUAAGGGAGUACAUUAUGAAAAUGCAUCAUAUUGUCUCAAGAUUAAGGACAUUUAAGAUUGAGUUUUCGGAUGAUGUACUUAUACUCAUGGUUUCGUUAACGCUUCCUCCAUAG